CAUGCUUACGUCUGGGACCUCAGUUCCGCAUUCCUGAGCCUCGCAGCCGACAUCGGUACUUAAGCGGGCUGAUGCAACGACCUCUGCUCAGUCGAAAAGCCAGGCCGCCUCCCUCCCGCCGCCUCUUGUUGUGACUGCGGAUUUUGGGCGCUGGGAAGCGUCCAAACGGAGUUCAUCAUUGACAGAAGACGACUGACUAGUUUUCUCUGACGGCGGUGGUGGCCGGGUUGGACAUGAUGCCGGGACAGAUACCUGACCCUUCGCUGGCGGCGGGCUCCCUGCCCAGCUUGGGCCCGCUGGCGGGCAUCUCGGCCACCACACUCACUGAUCAGCUGAAGCUGGCAGACUUCCACCAGCUGGGCUCCAUGCUGUCCCCCCUGCAUUUCCUGAGCAGGCUGGGGAAGAGGCCACUGGCCAUCAAGACAGAGAGGGAUGAAGAUGAAGAAAGGAGGAAACGAAGACGAGAGAAAAAUAAGGUAGCAGCAGCUCGAUGCCGAAACAAAAAGAAGGAACGGACCGACUUCCUUCAAAGGGAAUCGGAGCGUCUGGAAAUGGUAAACUCUGACCUAAAGGCCCAGAUCGAAGAACUCCGAAUGGAGAGGCAGCAGCUGAUGGUGAUGCUCAACCUCCACAGACCCACCUGCAUCGUGCGAACCGACAGCAUCAAAACACCAGAGAGCGAGGCCAACCCGCUGCUGGAGGAGCUGUCCACAGAAACCAAGUGAAGACAGGGAACGCGGGGACUGUAAGGCCCUGAUGCCCACACUAGCAACACCACAGCUGCCAUUUCAAUGAAAACAUUACUGGCAAUACAAUUCUGAACAAGCACUUGAGCUCCAAGCUGGAGACUUUUGCCCAAUGAUCUGAGGUUUUGGGGCUUCCUCAGUACUGCUACAGGAGCUGGCUUUGACCAGCGGAAGAAUGAAAAUCCCCAGUUUCAUCUCCACGAUAAACGUCGUCUUUGACACCUGCUGUGCCUGGUUGUGGCUUCCACCAUCUCUACAACAAAGGGACCAAUGAACAGAGGAGAGGAGAGGAGGACUGGACACAGCGCUGAGGAAACACACUAAAAGCAACAUGGUGCUCUGUUACAAAAGCCCCGAGUAGAUUGUGUGACAUUGUUUCAAUGCAGAAACUCACAAAGGCUUAGUUUUCCGCAGUUUUCUUACGUAUACUAACUGAAAUAUACAGGUGUAGAGUUAUUAGGUUACAAUACUCGAUACAAAUACACCAGAUGGAGUUGAGUUUUUUUUUAUGUUGAUUUCUAUGCCCUGCCCCAACGGUGGCAGUUAUCUGUUGAUCCGAUUUGUGGUGACGCUGGCGUCAUGAAAAGCACAUAUUCACCAGAUGUUUACACCCUUAUUUUUUUGGAGUUGUUGUCUGUUCAAUAUUGUACUUGUUUUAUACGGCUUUGUAUUCCUAAACAUAUGAAAUGCUUUGUUAAUCACUUGAGGUGAUUUUGUCUUUUCAGUCUUUUCCAGUCGGUCGUGUUGCGCUGUGAAACAGCUGUGAAAACCAGCAGGAAUCUCUAUAGCUGAGCAGUAUUCAGUGUCCUGUUCUGCACCUGUAUCUAUGUAUGAACACUCUUAUCUUGUAUAGAUUAAAUUUUAUUUUCUAACUACGACAAA